AUUGAUAAGUGGCUCAGCAAAUUGACCGAUUAUACGAAGGAGGAUGAACAACAAAAACAUUUGAAAUAUUUAGCAAAUCGUGUAACACCCGUUGAGCUGCAAUACGUUAUUCGUCUCAUAAUGAAGGAUUUACGCAUCAACGCUGGAGCGAAGCAUAUUUUGGCUGGUUUGAAGGAAGGUGCGUAUGAUGCAUUUCAAAGUUGUCGUGAUUUAAAGGCGGUCGUAGAGAAAUGCCGAUUGGCCGAUAGCGAGAGUUUACCGAUGGUUAUUGCGAGCGGAAUUNAUUUGGGAACGCCCGUGAAACCGAUGUUGGCGGAAGUGUGUCGAAACGUUGAGCAUGCGAUGAAGCGGUGUGUUAACGGUAUGUACAGUGAGAUCAAAUACGACGGAGAACGUUUACAGUUGCACAAAAGUGGCGAUUCAUUUUCGUACUUCUCACGAUCGUUGAAAUCCGUAAGCGAUCAUAAGGUAUCACAUUUAUGCGAUUACAUCCCGAAAGCAUUUCCGAAAGGUGGUGAUAUGAUAUUGGAUGCAGAGGUGUUGAUGGUGAACUUGACAACUGGCAAACCGCUACCGUUCGGCACUCUCGGAAUACACAAGAAGAACACGUUCGCCGAUGCGGUCGUGUGUAUUUUCAUCUUCGAUUGUCUUCUAUUCAACGGCAGAUCGUUGGUGGACAGGUUGGAUCAUGCCAAGUUGAAGACAAUGAUUUGGAAGGCAAUCGACGAGGGUCUAGAGGGUCUUGUUCUGAAAGAUGUUGAAUCAGUAUAUGAACCAGGCAAACGACAUUGGUUGAAGGUUAUUCAGUUUUAUCGUGGCUUGAUGUCGGUGUUUCUGAUGGGUGUUUAUGAUGAAGCGUCGGAUAAGUUUUUAACGGUAACCAAAUGCGGUAAUGGUCAUACCGAUGAAGCGAUCGAGCAAAUCAAUAAACAACUACGAGCAAAGAUGCGAGAAAUCAGACGUGAUUAUGACAAUCUGCCAGCAUGGAUAGAGUGCUCACGCGCAUUAGUGCCAGACUUCAUCAUUGAUGAUCCUAAGGAAGCACCUGUCUGGGAAAUUACAGGUGCUGAGUUUUCACGUUCCGACAAACAUACGGCACGUGGCAUCUCGAUUCGAUUCCCUCGUGUAACGAAGAUACGAGAUGACAAAUGUUGGUCAACUGCGACGAAUAUGAAUGAGCUGGAGGUUGACAGUUGGCCUCGUCUAUUGUUUUUUCAUUGA